UGCGUUUACUCCUUCUUUCCUCGGAGCACUCUACAAACAACCGAGAGGAAAUUGAACGGGGAAGCAAAGAGGAGAAAGGAUACAGUCCAUACUUUAAUAAUCUUGAUUGAGUUUAGAGUGCUGGGCACUCCCAGCCAUCAACAUCAUGGGGGAACUCUUUAGAAGUGAAGAGAUGACCUUGGCCCAGCUCUUCCUCCAAUCAGAAGCUGCCUACUGCUGUGUCAGUGAACUGGGAGAGAUUGGGAUGGUGCAGUUCCGUGAUCUCAAUCCUGAUGUAAACGUCUUCCAGAGAAAGUUUGUUAAUGAAGUGCGGCGAUGUGAGGAGAUGGAUCGCAAACUGAGAUUUGUUGAAAAAGAAAUCAAGAAGGCCAACAUUCCGAUAAUGGACACAGGAGAAAACCCUGAAGUUCCUUUUCCAAGGGACAUGAUUGAUCUGGAGGCUACAUUUGAGAAGCUCGAGAAUGAGCUGAAGGAAAUAAACACCAACCAGGAGGCCCUGAAGAAGAACUUCCUGGAAUUGACUGAACUCAAGCACAUUUUGCACCGUACUCAGCAGUUUUUCAAUGAGAUGGAAGAUCCCAGUUUGCUUGAAGAGUCCUCCAUACUCCUGGAUCCCAAUGAGCCAGCCAGAGUAGCUCCUCUCAGACUUGGAUUUGUUGCUGGAGUCAUAGGCAGAGAACGUAUUCCCACAUUUGAGAGGAUGUUGUGGAGAGUUUGCAGAGGAAACGUGUUCCUGCGGCAGGCAGAUAUAGAAGAUCCCCUAGAGGAUCCCACCUCAGGUGACCAGGUCCACAAGUCCGUCUUCAUCAUAUUUUUUCAGGGAGACCAGCUGAAGAAUAGAGUUAAGAAAAUCUGUGAGGGAUUCAGAGCAACAUUAUACCCAUGUCCAGAAACCCCCCAGGAGAGAAAAGAGAUGCUUGCAGGAGUGAAUGCUCGCAUUGAUGACCUGCAAAUGGUUCUGAACCAGACUGAAGAUCACAGGCAGAGGGUCCUGCAGGCUGCAGCCAAGACCGUCAGAGUGUGGUUCAUUAAGGUGAGGAAGAUGAAGGCCAUCUACCACACCCUCAACCUCUGCAACAUUGAUGUCACACAGAAGUGUCUGAUUGCCGAGGUGUGGUGUCCUGUGUCUGACAUGGACUCCAUCCAGUUUGCACUUCGAAGAGGAACGGAGAAGAGUGGCUCCACCGUGCCUUCCAUUCUCAAUCGAAUGCAAACCAAACAGACCCCACCCACGUAUAACAAGACAAACAAGUUCACCUCUGGAUUCCAGAACAUUGUGGAUGCUUAUGGGAUUGGCAGCUACCGUGAAAUAAACCCAGCGCCAUACACCAUUAUUACCUUCCCCUUCCUAUUUGCUGUCAUGUUUGGUGACUUGGGCCAUGGGACACUCAUGACCUGCGCUGCUCUCUACCUUGUGAUAAGAGAAAGCAGGCUGAUGGCCCAGAAGAAUGAUAAUGAGAUAUUCAACAUGGUGUUUGCAGGACGCUAUAUUAUACUGCUGAUGGGAAUAUUCUCAAUGUACACUGGUGUUAUUUACAACGACUGCUUCUCAAAGUCUCUGAAUUUCUUUGGCUCUGGAUGGAGCGUGAGACCCAUGUUUAAAGGAGGCAACUGGACACCUGACACACUUGAAGGCAACACAGCCUUGCAGUUGGAUCCUGCAGUGGAGGGAGUUUUUAAAGGGCCAUACCCAAUUGGAAUUGAUCCAAUAUGGAGUAUUUCUGUCAACAAGUUGACAUUUUUGAACUCCUUCAAGAUGAAGAUGUCUGUUAUCUUAGGAGUCAUCCACAUGCUAUUUGGAGUCACUCUAAGUCUCUUCAAUCAUCUGUAUUUCAAAAAGCCACUGAACAUCUACUUGGGAUUCAUUCCAGAGAUUGUCUUCAUGUCCAGUCUGUUUGGCUACUUGGUCAUUCUGAUUUUCUACAAAUGGGUGUCUUAUGACGCCCGCACCUCCAGAGAUGCUCCCAGUCUCCUCAUUGCCUUCAUUAACAUGUUUCUCUUCAGCUACAAUGACCCCAGUACCAAACCUCUUUACAGGGGGCAGAUGGGGCUGCAAACAUUCUUGGUCAUAAUUGCCUUAGCAUGUGUUCCAUGCAUGUUGGUCGUGAAAACUCUGGUUUUACGGAGACAGUAUUUGUGGCAAAAACAUCUGGGCACACAGAACUUUGGAGGAGUCCGAGUGGGCAACGGUCCCACCGAGGACGAGGCGGAAAUCAUCCAGCACGACCAGCUCGCACAGCAGUCUGAGGAUGAACCAGAGAGUUCCCUUUUGUUACCUGCUUUCAAGGCCCCUGAGGAGGAAGAGUUUAACUUUGCAGAUAUGGCUGUGCAUCAGGCCAUUCACACCAUUGAGUACUGCCUUGGUUGCAUCUCUAACACUGCUUCCUAUCUGCGGCUCUGGGCCCUCAGUCUCGCUCAUGCCCAGCUGUCAGAGGUGCUUUGGUCCAUGGUGAUGCGCCUCGGCCUUUCAUCUCGAAACUUUGGCGGUUUCAUCCUUCUGGCCAUCAUCUUUUACUUUUUUGCUGUUCUGUCAGUUGCCAUUCUGCUCAUUAUGGAAGGACUGUCUGCCUUUCUGCAUGCACUUCGACUGCACUGGGUUGAGUUCCAGAACAAAUUCUACGCAGGUCAGGGCUUCAAAUUUCUUCCGUUCACCUUUGAAAGCAUCUUAGAGGGAAGAUUUGAAGAAUGAAAUGGCUUUGUUUACACCUGGUUCUCUCAUAACUUGAGUGUUGUCCAAAAGUGUUUUUCUUUGUACUUGUUUGUGCGUGUGUGAUUAAAUCUCCAGGUUACUAGAAGAACUCUGGUAACGACUCAUGACUUGGUGAUCCUAUAGUAUCUCUAUUUAAUCUCUUAUUUCCUUUAAUAUUAUUUAUAUUGUCUUUUUCUUUAUAAAACCUGCACUGCUGUUCUUUGUUGAAGGAAUCCUCAACAUAAUAUCGCCUCUGCUGAAGUUUAGACAGCGAUAGAAAUGUUCGUCCUUGUCUUGUCUCCUGUGUUUGUAUUUGAAGUUUUUGUUAUUGCAGAGAAAACUCACAUAGAAUUGCAAAACUCUGAAUAUGAGGGCAAAUGCAUAUAACAUAGUACUUAGUGUUUUCCGGUUGGGUAUACAUGAAAGAGAUGAAUUAUCUGCACAGAGUUCAUUUGUAGUAUUUCAUUACACAUUUCUGUAGCCUUAGAAGGGAUUUAAAGCAGCAAGCAGACAUGUUCAGGUCAUUUGUUAGAAAUGGUUGACCUUGUCCAUAACUAUGUCAAUAAACUGGGAAGAACUGGU